AAUGACAACUGUUUUCAAGUUGGCCGAUAAAGUCGCUGCUGUGUGGGCGAGUGAACAGCGGAAUAUUCUACAUGUUUCAGACGUUGACCGGGUGGAAGAGGCUUUUAAAAGAGUUUGAGCGGUACUCCAACCACAAAAGACCCGACUGCAAAAGAAUAGACCUGCAACCCAUUUGUAAACAAACCCACCCGGUGAAUCGAGACCGUCCGAGCUAGAAUUUUUUUUGUUCGAGAUGCAAAUGACGGUGGCCUUAAGGGACAUUUCACACAACAACUCUGCCGGUGUUCUAAUGACAGCGACCAGAACUCGGUUCGGAGCAGCGGACCAAACACACGUCUGUGUCGCCGUCUCCAUUAGCGGCUCGUUGCAGGUAAACAAGCGCACGGCUCACACUAAUUCGGCGUAAUGAUGAGUUGUAGUUUUGGCACUUUAUGCCCUUCGUAUAAUUGUAUGACGUCAUAUUUAUUACGUCAUUUAUAUUGCCGGUCCGUGAAAAUAAUUUCUGACACGGAACCGGUCCGUGGCUCAAAAAAGGUUGGGGACCGCUGCUCUUGCACAUAUAACAUGUAUUCUAGGAGCUUGAGCCUCCAGGCAUGGAGACAGCUCGUAUAGGUGCAGAAAAAGUAGCUGCUCACACGCCAACCUGAACAUUAGCGCUGCUGAGAGUGAAGAGAGCACGGCAUCAUGCAGCCGGCUUCCUUCUCACUCCUCCUGGUUGCCGUACAUGUGUGUGUACGGGUGGACUGUAAACCGAGGCCCCGGGAGCCCGGGCUCCCUUUACACCGUCAGCAGAGCGGCGAGGAGGCGGGAGCGGAUACAUCCGUUGGUACCAGUCGUUUCUCCUCGGGGCUGAGUGGGCCGAUGGGAAAAGGCAUUGACAGAAACCUUUUGGUUAUUUUGCCAGUGAGAACCGCUGCAAGCAACUUUGUGUCAAUAUUUGAUUUGAGAAGAAAACAGUUCCUCUGCAUGGAUUCUGAGGGAGAGCUGCGGCACUCUAGGCACAAGGACACAGCAGACUGUCUCUUCCAGCGCAUUGGGUCGGCUGUGGCGACCCGGCUGCUCAAGCUGAGGGCCGCCGAGCUGAGGGCCGCCGAGCUGGAGCCCCCUGAACCCUCCUGGGCCCUGGCGGAGAGCUUCCUGGGCCCCUUGGUGAAGAGACAGAGGAGGAGCGAGCAGGUGAACCCCUCUGAUCCACUACGAUCACAGUCGCAUCCCUCUCACCCCGCCAAGGAACACAAGGACGCAGAGCCCCGGCAGCCCGAUCAGGACCAGGCCGGCGCCGUGUCCAAAGAGACCAUCUCCUCCUGCGAUGACCCGCUUCGGGUCUUACAGCCCAACGGGCCGGUCAGUCCCGUCAAGACUAAUAUCGCAGACCGAGCAGAACAAGACUAAGAUACUGAACCCGGGUUUAAUAGGUGAGAUGUCAAGCCGCGGGUCUGUCGUUAGUUCUGAGAAGUCACCUUGUGCGUGGCUGCAUGGUGGAGGAGAUGCUCUGCUGCAGUUGAGCCACACCAUGACUCGCGAAGGGCUGGGAGAGUCAGAUGGACCCCGGGGUGGAGGUGGGGGGGUACUAUGGUACUAUUGCUAAUGUGCCAGGUUACAUCACAGCAGCUUGUACAGAUCUUGUGUUUGAAUAGCAGAUGAAGGUAACUUUGGUCCCGCGUCCCACGCUGACCUCUUCCCUCAGUCACGUUGUAAACUUGGGUUGGAUGUGGCAGCGUUUGUUUAGCAGAUGUCAAAAUAUGUAAUCUGAAAGUAAUAGACCAGCACAUAAUGGGGAAAAAAAAACUGCCAUUUCCUCUGAUAAUACAGUGAAGAGAAUCAAAUUAAAAAGUUAGGUGCCGGACACCAAUAGUCACAGCAAUGAAAAACUAUUUAUUUAUUGAAAUGUAUUCGAUAACUUUCUUCUUUCGCCUAUACUGUUUUAUUAUUUAUACACGUCAUGUUGUGAUGUUUCUUAUGUGAACGAAAUAAAAGGUAACUAUACUCA